GCUGUUUUUCCGCAGCUGCUGGAGACGGAGCAUGGACGUGAGCCGCGGGCUGGAGCCUCUGCCUGUAUCCGUGUGGCCGCGGCUGGAGGAACUCCCGGCGUUCCAGUAUAGUCCUGAUCAUGUGCUUGGAGAGGGAGGCAAACCAGACCCAUCUGAGAUCUCCUUCCCUGGAUGCAGCUGUCAUUCUGCUUCCUGUCUGGCACCAACAUGCUCAUGUCUUCACUAUGGAGAAAAUUAUAAAAACUUAUCCAUCAAGACUAAAAGAAGUGAACUGGGUUUUUCAAAGCCUAUUUUUGAAUGCAACACUAUGUGCCACUGUGGAGAGAUGUGUCAAAAUAGAAUAGUUCAACGGGGCUUACAAUUCCAACUUGAAGUAUUUAAGACCACUGAAAAAGGAUGGGGUCUUCGCACCCUGGAAUUCAUACCCAAAGGACGAUUUGUGUGUGAAUAUGCUGGGGAAAUUCUAGACUUUAAUGAAGCACAUAGAAGAAUUCAGUUGCAGACAUCAAGUGAUUCAAAUUACAUUAUAGCAGUUAGGGAACACUUGUAUGAUGGAAGGAUAAUGGAGACUUUUGUAGACCCCACAUAUAUUGGAAAUGUUGGUAGAUUCUUGAACCACUCCUGUGAACCCAACCUCUUUAUGGUUCCUGUCCGGAUAGAUUCAAUGGUGCCUAAGUUAGCACUUUUUGCUGAUCAUGAUAUCUGUGCAUAUGAAGAGCUUACAUAUGAUUAUUCUGGGAGAUAUCAUAAUUUUUUGCCCAUAGAAGAGCAAAGCAACACGCAAGAAGGGAAAGAAUCAAAGAAGCCCUGCUUUUGUAGAGCUAAAUCAUGUACAAGUUCCUUGCCUUACGAUAGUUCUUUAUUCCACAAAGAUGAUAGAAAAAGUAAUGCUGAAGAAAUAUUCUGAAAAUGAAGAGAGUAGCAGUGUGCUUCUUUUAAAGAUUGCUGCAGGAAAGCCUGGAUGUGAUAAAAUCAGCCUUCCACUCACACAUAGACGAUGCAGAUGCGCUUGUUAAAGCAGCUGAAUGUGUUUAAUUAUGCACAGAUGGAAUGUCUUUCCAUCCAGAACAUCAGUUAUAACAUGAAAUAUGUUAAUAUCAGGCUGUAAAUAUUGUAUCAAACAGAUUGAAAUCUUGCCCUGAAAAAAUCCAAGAAGUUUUAAUGGAAUAUCAAAAAAUAUUACAAUGGGACAAGGGUGGGAAACCUUUUCCCUUCCAAGCCACAUUCACUGCGUUGUGGUGGGUUGGGAUCAUUAAAUCUACCUGUAUAAAUGCUCCCUCCCAUGUGGCUGCCCUGGGAUUGUGUCCUUGUAUUCUUUUUCUCAGUAGGGUAGAGUUCCAUGUCUUCACCAAAUAGAUGCAGGAUGGGAUGCCAGAGGCAGUGUCAUGCUAGGGGGAGAGGCUAUCCUUGUGCCUUUCCCCCCCCAAUAUAAUUGCACAAUAUAGAGAGGGAAGGUUUUUUUGAGGGGGGAGGCAAUAUGCACUUUCUAGUUGCCCAUUUCUUUUGUUGACACUUAUUCAUGAUUAUGCAUAAGCAUUGCUAAUUAAUAAAGUCAUUGGCUGCAUAUGGUUCCUUUUUAUGUGUUAGCAAUAAAAAUUAUUAAGGCAGAAGGGGCAGUGGGUCAAGUUAGUGAAUGAGUGUAACAAUUGCUAGAUUGUUUACUGGAAAAAAUAAUAUAUGAACUAACAGUUAACUUACGUCAUUGGCAGCCUGGUAUGAGCUAAUCUUGUACUCUGUGUUUAGAAAUACAUCUUUUUUUCCCCUCA